AUGAUAAUCACAUUGAGUGCCGGAGCUAUUGUCUUCCUGGCAUCACUGGCUGCGACUGUCGGCGCCCUGUCUGUUGCCGACUGCAAGAAAAUUCGAGUCUUGUCCUUGGAUGUCACGGGGACUUUACUCGCUGGCAGAGAGCCUGUGGUUCAAACCUAUCACAAGGCUGCACUCUGGGCACAACUUCCCCAUCCGCCUUCUCCAGAAGAACUCAAGACUGCGUUCAAAGCUGCCUACAAGGAAAAAUGUAUUGAGUCUCCUUGCUUUGGAAAGGUCGAGGGGACCUCAGGCCGUGAAUGGUGGUAUGAUAUGGUUCGACGAGUAUUGUACAAGACAGGCAGAGAGUAUUCUCAAGAAGAAUAUGAUCGAUACUUUCGUCGUGUCUAUCAACAAUUUGGAUCACCCGCUGGAUAUCGCGUUUUGGAGGAUGCCCAAAUCAUGAUUGAUGCGUUGGAACCGGACGGAUUUCUUUUGGGUAUCACCUCCAAUACUCCCACUCGACACAUGGAAUCUGUCUUGCCAAUGCUGGAUAGCUUCCAUGACAACUUUCAAUUCUUCACCUGUUCACAAGACGUAGGGAUCGAGAAGCCAGGAGCAGCCAUCUUUGACAAGUCAUAUCAAUCGGCCAAAUUUUGGAUCCCCGACUUGCAAAAGGACGAAAUAUUGCAUAUUGGGGACUCGUAUGCCUGUGAUUAUUGUGGUGCCAAGGCUUAUGGCUUCCAAGCACUAAUGUUGGACCGCUCGAGCCACCCUGCCGUGAUGGCCUAUCAGGAUUGGGUGAAAGGGCCCGAUUACCCUGGAAAGACCUUGGAGGAAGUUCAAGACAACACCAUUACCAGUUUGGAAGAGGUAGUAAAAAUGCUUACCGCAAUAGCCGAUGAAGAGGUUCAGGAGAUCGCGAAAGAAGAUCCCAAAGAUGCCAAGCCGAAGGCUGUUGUAAAGAAAGAUGGCGAAUCCAGACAGGAAUCAAUCAAGCCUCACAAGCCAAAGUCUGUUCAGCAGGGAGAGGUGGUCAAGCUAGCAGAUGUUGACGACGGGGUAGAGGAAGAAGCAGAGCCUAACAUGGAAGCUCAAGAUGAGACCUUACGUACUAUGCAGGCAGAAACAAAGCCAGUCCAAGCAGUUGAAGAAGCCCCAGCUUCUCCUAAGAGCAGAGAGCCGAUGGUUGGAAAGUCUGGUGUUGAUGAUCUCACUGCCAAAUUUGAUGAAAAAGUUCCCCGAUAUCGUGAGCAGAUUCCUACUCUGAGAUUCAAUUCAUUGGGGCAAAUCAUUGAAGAUAAGACCCAAUCAUCGUACGUAGCUUCUGUCGAAAAUCUUGGCUACCAAGUGCAACAGCAAUACUCUAGUGAUAGCAGCAGCUGGUUUGAUGCCAAAUCCAAAGUCACGGCUUCGUACGGCAAGCAAGGAAAGAAAGGAAACCAGGACGACCCUUCAUCACAGGAAAAUGUCCGUCCAUCAAGACAGCCUGCCAGUUGGUUUGAUACCCAAUCCACAAGAGAUACAAAGAAAAAAUGGACCAGUGCAAACAAGAGCGGCCCCAAGCCCGAGCCUACCGAAACCGAAGCUGAGUCGGAGAAGAAAACCCACCAUAUCUCGAACCUGUAUUCUUCAUCCAACCAGUUGGAAGACUUUCGUGAUAUCAAAAGUCCACCAAUUUACGGUACGCCGAAAAAGAAAUGGAAACCUGCGAAUCGCGUCGAACCUGAACCUCUGAUGGAAAAUAUGGAGCGUGAUAUCGCGAGUGGGAGACACUUGUCCAAUAAAUAUGCCGACGACUAUUCCGAGGACGACUUUCGUGACAUCCAAAGUCCACCAAUUUAUGGCACGGAGAAAAAGAAAUGGAGACCUGCAAGGAAGAGCGAGGCGGAGCCUAGUGAAGAGCCUCUAUUGGAAGAUAUGGACUAUGAUAUUGCGAGUGGGAGACAUUUAACUAAUGAAUAUGCCGACGACUAUUCCGAAGACGACUUUCGUGACAUCCAAAGUCCACCAAUUUUUUGA